AUGGGUGGAACAUGGGUGCAUUGGAAUCAACCACAUUUGUACCACGAGCUGCACAGGUACAACCUCCACAAGCAUCUCAAGACAUCUGCAGGCACCCUUGAAGCGGUGCAGAUGUUUUAUCGACAAGCCCAGGGUCCGGUGCAAGAGAUCGACGGCAGCGAGUUCGGCCGAAUCGUACAGAGUGUCGCCGAAAAGUUCUUCGAUAUCGACGGCAUGGACAGCAGGAAGCUUAUGCCCUACCCGCAUGAUCCAUUCCGUGCAACGGCGCCCUGGAAGAAAUACGAUCAUCUUACUGUUCGACGACGCCUCGACCAGCUCGAUCUCCCCGCCCUCGAUAAAGAAUCCUUCGAAAGCACGGUCAAUUCGUUUGGAAGUGCUCCCGGCAGUGAGAUCGGCUUCGUCGAAGCUCUGCGCUGGUACGCUCUGGGUGGGCACAAUAUGGCUCAAGUCUUCGAGCUGGCAGGUAUCUACAAGCUGGGCAAAGGUGGCAUGACCGCCUUCGCUCGGUCCAUCCUGCGAGACGCGCGAUGCGACAUCCUUCUGGACACCAUAGUCUCCGAGAUCAUCUCGGACGACGGCAGUUCCCAAGGAAUCGGCGUUGUCAAGUCCCGGGACGGGCAGUGGAUCUUGAAGGCUAAGGCGAUCGUGUCCACGGUGCCUUUGAACUGCCUGAGCGACGUCAAAUUCACUCCAGAGCUCAGCCCCGCGAAACGCGAAGCCAUUGCCCAAGGCCACAUCAACAAGGGCGCAAAGAUCCAUUUCAAGCUUGCACGCACCGAGCCAGGCUGGUUCGCCGCGUGCGAUGGCUACGGCGAUUCACCCUUUUGCUUCUCCUUCUCCGACCAUAACGGCACCAAGGCGUCCGGUCCAGACGGGACAUACUGCAUCGGCUUCGGAUAUAACGGCUUUCUUCGAGAUCCGCAAGACUGCACCACCAUAAUCGACCAGUUCAAGCGCAACAUACGUCCAGACGCCGACGUUGAAGCCUACCUUACGCACGACUGGACGAGCGACCCACUGUCCAAGGGCACCUGGAGCUGUUGGGGUAGCGGGUGCAUGACCAAGUACCAGCAAGAGCUUCAAAAGACCCACGGCAAUAUUUUCUUUGCCAGCGCCGAAUGGGCGGAGGGCUGGAGAGGGUUCGUGGAUGGCGCGCUGGAGAGUGGGCAGAAAGCGGCGAACGAUGUGGCGGCUUUGCUCAACGCCUGUCCUCGGCCCAACUUGUAA